AUGGCUCAAAGUACCAGAUCACCGGUUUUUGAAGAAUUGGAACAGAGUUCGUCAAACAUACUGGAUCUGAUCGGCGAGGGCAGUGUCGGCGGCCGCACACGUCUCUCGUCUCUCGGUGCUACCAAGGCUGGGGAUCGUGAAGAAAAUUGUGGAGGUGAGGCCCGGAAUAUGGCAAUGAUUCCCCGCCCUUAUCCUAAUCGUGGAGCGAGCGACGGCGUGGCAUGGAAAUGUGGGCUUAGUGGUUCAACAUUCUCAAACGAGGGGCGCGAAACAUGUCGCCAAGCCUUCCCUGCAUGGAUUGGCACAGGUGCUUCUCGUGACCCUCUUAAGCUUUUUUCUGACCUCGAGGCGACGUUUGUGGGCUCACACCGCUAUUACUCCGCAGUGCCCCCACGAUCUCGACACGAGCUCAGUCCCACGAUAUCUGGACGUGCAUAG